AUGACCGAAGAUAGCUACACACCGCUUGCCGAAAUCAAGGCUAGCAGCAGUGAAAUCAAGGCUUGUGCUUUUUCAGCAUGGUACCACACGUUUAAGAAAUAUACACCAAAGGCUCACAUAAUCCAUCCGUUACCGCAAGAGUUCAUCAAAUAUUUGGCACAGGAUGGCAUCAGGUUAUCGUUGGAAGAGAAUGACUCGUCGUUUUAUGAUAGUUGCCUGAAACCAGACGACGAUAACGAUUACAGUGACUGGGAGGACAACCAGUUGCCCGAGAGUGAAUCUGAUGAGGAAAGUGAGUUUACGAACAACAAGAAGGAGGAAGAAGAAGAAAUGGUCCCAAUAGUGAACUUCCCGGACUUGCACAAGGAAAUUUCCGACGUGAUUCGUGAAUACGGGGCCGUCACUCCGAAAUUGAACUGGUCUGCUCCAAGGGAUGCUACCUGGAUUUUGCCCAACAACACGUCAAAAUGUAUUCAUGUGAACGACGUGUACCUUCUCCUAAACGCAUCAAACUACAUAGCAUAUGAUUUGGACCAUGCCUUUGAUGAAUGCGAGGACAAAGUCGACCCGCAGUCGGUUCAGUAUGAGUUGAUCUUGAGAAAAUGGUUCGAUAUCAAUCCUGCGCUAGAGUUCAGAGUGUUUAUCCGAGACGGUGAGAUCUGUGGUAUCUCGCAAAGGGAUCUUAACUACUACAACUACCUAGAACCGUUGCAGGACACAUUUACCACGCUGAUAGAAGAUUUUGUACACGAUGUUGUUUUGCCAAAAUUCGAGCUAUCCUGUUUUGUACUAGAUGUUUACUUACCAAGACCUUUUGUCCAGUGCUGGAUCAUUGAUAUCAAUCCAUGGUCUCGUACCACAGACCCCUUGCUAUUCUCUUGGAGUGAACUUGCUUCUAAAAACUUGGAAGCGGAAACACAAGCAGAAAUUAGGUUGAUCACCGAACACAAUAUCGGUCGGUUUGUUACAAAAGAACACUCCGAAAAUCAUGUUCCAAAAGAUAUUGUAACAGCUAGUUUGGACCCAGAGUCAUUAAGAGAGUUGACCUACAAAUGGAAAGAGAUCUUAAAAAUGCAAGAAGAGGAUGCCGAAAGUGAUGAUGAUUAA